AUGACACUUGGAAGUACGACACAAGAUAAGACUCCAGCAAAGACGACGAACGAAAGACAUGCUGCUAUCAUCGCGUCGAAGAGCAAACGCAAGUCUACCAAGUACAUUAUGUGGCGAGGCAAACAAAUUACCGAGUUUGAGUCGCGAGUGUAUGAGAUCAUUUUAACGAUUCCGGUCGGCAAGGUAAGCACCUAUAGCGGCGUAGCAAAGGCGCUUCACUCAGGGCCACGAUGCGUUGGUCAAGCUUUACGCAAGAAUCCAUUUGCGCCUGAGGUUCCAUGCCAUCGCGUUGUUUCAGCUUCGCUAGACAUUGGCGGUUUCCAAGGUGCUGGUGGCAAAGAUUCGCCUUGUGUUCAGAAGAAGCGUAUGCUCUUGACCAAGGAAGGAGUUUGCUUCACAAAGAAGCAAAAGGUGCUGCUGUCUCUUACGCUGCGAAAUAUAUGUACCUAG